GGGCCUGUGGUACAAGAACUAGAGGGUUUAUGUUGUCAAUGUAUAUUGAAGUCUCGGGUUUCUGUUUUCUUACUCUUGGCCUCUUUCCUGCCUCUAGUUGCCAUUCUCCACUCUACUUGCUGCUUUUAAACUCCAAUCUGUCUAACUAUGUGCCUAGAAUUCUUUGUGAGCUUAGAUAGACAGGUAGAUAGGUAAACAGACAGACAGAGCAGUACUUUGUCUCUCCCAAACCUAGAAACUGUUCCAAGCUAGACUCUGUAUUUUGACCUGUUGGUCGAAUUCAUUUUCUUCUUGGGCUUUUCUUUUUUUCAUAUACAUUUUAGAAUCAUUUUCUUGGGUAUACUCUCAACAUUCAGUUGGAUUUUAAGUGUUUGUUUUGUUUUUGAGAUAGAGUCUGGUAUUCUCAAGUAACUAUCCCAUCACAACCUCCCAAGCAGCUGCUGCUCAGUUAGAUUUCUAAUUCAUCACAGUAUUUUUUACAAGAUUAAUCCAAGCUUUCUGUUAGCUUAAUAUAUCAAGAUGGCCCUGAACCUGGCAGAGAAACACAGAGUACUUCUCAGUAGGGCCAUUCUGACACCUUGUCUUGUAAAAUCAGCCAGACUGCUUCUAAGUCAAAUGAUUCUGACAUAAUAUUGGGCUUCAAGAACCCAUAUCUUGAAACCAUCUGGAGAAGCUGACUAGUUAAAGGAAUAAAAUAAAAAAACUUCCAAAGUUUAAUUUAGUGUGCUGUAUUUGGAUUAUAGUCCACAAAGAGCAAAGUUCACAUAGAAUUUGUAAAAGGAAUGGAAAGGGACCCAGCACUGCAAAAUUAAUAUCUAUAGAAGGGCUAGCAGGAAAACUGUAAAUGCUAUGUCAGGAUGUAUUUUUAUUAGAGUGUGAGAAACAAUGUUCUACUGACUUAACAUUGCUGAAGUUUAAGCACAUCUUUUGGAGAGGAAUGUAAAACAUUGGCAUGGAGACAGAUGGCAGCAAAGGUAAGAGGCUGGGAACCCCAGAGUCAUGGGGCAGGCCUGGGAAGCCAUACAGUGAGGAGAUGGAGGAGUUCAAAAUGAGGCUUCCGUCAGUGCUGCAUCCCUUGGAGGCCCCAUAGACCUCUCUGACAAGCUCCGUAGCUUCUAUCUCAAAACACAAAACACAAGACUUGGUGCUCACAGUGAUUGGACUUAGAGACUUAGAGAAUGGAGAGGGUCAAGCAGCUGCAAACGGUCAUUAUCCAAGUCAGAGUCUGUGUCAGCUGCAAUCCUCCUCAGAUGGCAGCCAGACCAGCACAUUUUGUGUGGCAGCAUAGGCAAGCACUCAUUGCCAAGGUCACAGGCAUUGAUGGGUUGCUGGAUGCCUUGUAUGGCAAGGUGCUGACUGAAGAACAAUGCCAGACACUUUGUGCAGAGACCACCAAUCAAAGCAAGAUAAGGGAGCUUUUCAGCUUUGCUCCAGCCUAGAACCUGACCUACAAAUACUUCAAGUUCCUGGGGUAUGCACAGCCCUACUUGGUAGCUGAUCUGCAGCAGAUCUGAAGUAUCUUCCCUAGCAGUGGCCCCUACAUUAGUUCCUGGCUUCUUAGACACAAUUUUUGAAGAGAAAACAAAACAAUUUUGAAAUGGAUGCAUGUGAGUACACCAGUGAAGGAAGGCUGAAAAGGGCAAAUAGAAUUUGUUAAAACAGAUAUUAUAAAAAAAAUCACUCUGGUAAUUUUUUUUUCUAACUUCCCCCUCAAAAAAAGAGUAUUGAAAAGUCCAAACAUUUACUUUAAAUUUAUUAAUUUCAAAACAUGUAAGUCAACUUGAAAGAGGAUUGUCACCAUGAUGCCAAUACUGGCCUCAAAUACCCCGUAGAGCUGCUGACUCAGCAGCCCGAGUCCAUAGUAUAGAUAACACCUAUACCUUCAGUAGGAUUAUCCCAUGUCUAUCUGAGGCUGAUUUAUGUAGCUAAACAUGUGUGCCUUUAGUGGGACUAUCCCAUGUCUUUCCAAGGUUGAUUUAUGUGAUGUUAUCUUUUCUUGCUCUAUUUUAUGUGCGUAGGUGUCUACCUCCAUGUUCACCAUGUGCAUGCAGUUCUCACAGAGGCUAGGUGAGGCUACUGAUCCCUGAAACUGCAGUUACAUAUGGUUGUGAACCAGUACGUGGGUGCUGGGAAUUAAACCCAUGUUCUCUGAACGACAGCCAGUGCUAAUCCCGGAGCCAUCGCUCCAGCCUCUCUUUAUUACAUUAUUUAUUUUGUAUGUAUACAUAAGCACGUGUGUGGAAGUCAGAGGACCACAUGCAGGAGUUCCCAUAACUGAACUCAGGUCUUCAGGCUUGGCACUGAACCAUCUCACCAGCACCAUUUUAGCUGCACUGAACCUCACUCUAUUGACCAGGCUGCCCUCAGAGCCAUCCUCCCACAUCUGCCUCCUAGAUGUUAAGAUUGCAGGCGUGCACCACACACGAUGGGAUUUAUUUGAUCCUCAGUGGUUUCUUCACUUACUCGUCUGUAUGCUAUUUGUAAAGUAGACAUUCUUAUUUUAAGAAUCUAAUUUAAGAAAAAAUUUGAGAGAGUAUAUAGUCCUUGAACUCCCUAUUGUGCAUCAGGCUAGCCUUGAACUCACAAAGAUCCUUUUGCCCCUGCCUCUCUUGUGAGUGCUGGAAUUAAAGGUGUGCACCACUGUUCCAGCCCAAGAGGCUAAUUUUCUCUUCUCUUUUUUCUUUCUUUUUUUGAUACAGGAUUUCUCUAUGUAACCCUGACUGUCCUGGAACUCAGAUCUGCCUGCCUCUGCCUCCUGAGUGCUUGGAUUAAGAAUCUUAAUUGUUGAUGACAUCUUAUGCCAUUUGCCACCUGCUCUGUAAAUCGACUACAGUCUCAAAGAGCAUUACUCCUACAAGGCACUGAAAGCCUGAACCGGGCUACCCAAAGCAUUGAGCGUUCUCAUCGGAUUGCCACAGAAACUGAUCAAAUUGGUACAGAAAUCAUAGAAGAGUUGGGGGAGCAACGAGACCAGUUGGAACGUACUAAGAGCAGACUGGUAAAUACAAAUGAAAAUUUGAGCAAAAGCCGGAAGAUUCUUCGCUCAAUGUCCAGAAAAGUGAUAACCAACAAGUUGCUGCUCUCCGUCAUCAUCUUGCUGGAGCUAGCCAUCCUGGUCGGUCUGGUGUAUUACAAAUUCUUUCGACACCAUUGAACUUCUGUAGGGAAAGCCUUGUGGACCAGCAUCUUACUCUGAAUGAAUGGUUUUACAUAGGAAUAUGUGUUGCUGCUGUGGGCUAACAGUUCAAGAAUGUAUUGUCUUGUCAGACUAUGGGAGGGAGGGCAAUGGAAAACCUCGAAAAUGUGAAGGAACAGCAACAAGACCAGUAUGAUAUACUAAGGUAAUAAAUGUUGUUUAUGACUCCUUCAAACUUA